AUGGUUCAGUAUAUACUAUUUGCGAUACUACAAGUACUAACACUUAGUCAGACAUUUCUACUUGGUGAUAAUAACCAUGAAUGUGUUUAUCAAACUAAAAAUGGUACAUUGGAUAUGCGAACAUUAGGCUAUAGCAAUGGUAAACCACGUUUCUUAGACAUACCUGAUUAUUCUAAACCAGAACAAUAUGCAUAUUCAUGGAAUGGAUGCUUCCCAUUUAAUGAAGGUGAUUCAUGUCUAAAUGCAGCUGUUUGUAAAAGUAAGUCUACAGCACAUUUUCAUUGCAGUUCAUCUCGUGAUUGCAAUCAUGUUUCUGUAUUUUUAACAGAGACCUUAACUACAAAUGAAACAACAUUAAUUAUUACACAAAACAUAACAAAAACGUUUUACGAUGAUGAAUCUUACGAGGAACUGGAUUAUAUGCUUGGACGAAAUGCUCGAGUUGGAAUCAUAUUCAUGUGUGAACGAGAUCCAAAUAAACAGCAUGCAGCAGCAUGGGAAGUCACAGACUAUUUAAUUGUUUUUUGGAUUCAUGAUAAAUGUGCUUGUCCAGGUGAAUGUGCUUAUUGGGAACACUUUGGUAACUAA